GCUUCGUUCACUUUCCCACCACCGGAAAGCUGCCGUCAGGCACUUCCGGCUUCCGGGACGUACGCUGUCGCAAAGCGGAAGUGCGAGGGUCAGCGGGCGCCGGCGCCCGGAAGGUCAACUUGUGAAGGAGGUGGUGGUAACGCGGGUCUCCCCACUAUUACAGAGGAAAAACGGCCGAGCACGCGAUCUCGGCCUGAGACGGCGGGGAGAAGUAGACGGGCAGUUUGCUGCGACACCAUGGAGGGCGGCGGCGGAAGCGGCAACAAAACCACAGGGGGGUUGGCCGGCUUUUUCGGAGCCGGUGGAGCAGGCUACUCGCACGCGGAUUUGGCCGGAGUCCCGCUAACUGGUAUGAACCCUCUGUCUCCUUAUUUAAAUGUGGAUCCACGGUAUCUCGUGCAGGAUACAGAUGAGUUUAUUUUACCAACUGGAGCUAAUAAAACCCGGGGCAGAUUUGAACUGGCCUUCUUUACCAUUGGAGGAUGUUGUAUGACAGGGGCUGCGUUUGGGGCAAUGAAUGGUCUACGGCUAGGACUGAAGGAAACCCAGAACAUGGCCUGGUCCAAACCAAGAAAUGUACAGAUCUUGAAUAUGGUGACCAGGCAAGGGGCACUUUGGGCUAAUACUCUAGGUUCUCUGGCUUUGCUCUAUAGUGCAUUUGGUGUCAUCAUUGAAAAAACACGAGGUGCAGAAGAUGACCUCAACACAGUAGCAGCUGGAACCAUGACAGGCAUGUUGUAUAAAUGUACAGGUGGUCUUCGAGGGGUGGCACGAGGCGGCCUGGCAGGACUAACCCUUACGGGCCUCUACGCGCUAUAUAACAACUGGGAGCACAUGAGAGGCUCCUUGCUCCAACAGUCUCUCUGAAGAUUACUAGCUGGUGAAUGGAGGACACUUUAGUAGUCAUCCAGAUCAAUUUAUGUCAGUCUGGAGUCAUUUACUCUUUUACCUGCAACUAGUUUGAAAAAGGAGAUUUCCAGUUUGCUGUGAUGAAGAUCAUGGAUGGUUGACCAGGACUGGCACUCCUUCCAGCCAUUAAUGAGUUGAAGCCAAAACCCUUUGGUGGCUGAGUAAUGUGGCUCUCUUCUCCUUUAAAGAAGAUCUUGCACCUGUUUUUUCUCCUACCCCCUGAACUGGAAAACCACUUACUCCCAGAAUUCAGGUCAUGCUUGUCAAUGCUGUAUCACCACAUUUAUUCAUUUAAUAAUCCAAGACUGUAAUACUGCCCUGUAUUCCCAAUAAAGGGUAAAAACAGAACCAAAGUCAUAACUCCAA